ACAGACAGACUAUAAAGAGCCUGCUUCAGAGUUCAGUCAGCACACCUCUGCUGAACAGCCUGAUCACACACAGCUAGGCUACCUACUGUACGUAUUCAAGGAACCAUGGCAAAGCGUGUUGCAGUUAUUCUCUCAGGCUGUGGAGUCUAUGACGGCACAGAGAUCCACGAGGCCUCCGCUGUCCUCGUCCAUCUGAGUCGGGCUGGAGCAAAAGUGCAGAUGUUUGCUCCGAAUGCAGAUCAGAUGCAUGUUGUAAAUCACUGUGAGGGGAAACCUACUGAGGAGAAAAGAAACAUCCUGCAGGAAAGUGCUCGCAUUGCAAGGGGUGACGUGACUGAUCUGGCCAAUUUAGAUGUUUCAGCAUUUGAUGCCCUCAUUAUCCCAGGGGGCUUUGGUGUGGCGAAGAACCUGAGUGACUGGGCAGUGAAGAAUAAGGACUGCACCAUCCAGCCACAUUUAGAGAAGCUCAUCAAGGCUUUCCACAAAGCCGGAAAGCCACUGGGCAUGUGCUGCAUCUCCCCCAUCCUCGCUGCCAAAAUCCUGCCUGGCUGUGAGCUCACUGUGGGACAGGACAAAGAGUGUGAAAAGUGGCCGUAUGCUCAGACAGCAGGCGCUGUGAAGGAGAUGGGCUGCAAACAUGUCAACACGGGUGUGGAGAAAGCACACGUUGAUGUCAAAAAUAAGCUGGUCACCACCAGUGCAUUCAUGUGCAAUGCUCCCUUUCACAGUGUUUUUGAUGGAAUAGGAGUCAUGGUUAAAGAGACACUGAAACUGGCUUAAGAAGUCUCUAAUUACAUUCUGGAUGUUUGCAUUUAUUGACUUUAACACCAAGUGGGAUUUCCCAUACAAGCAUACAAUAGCAAGUUAUGGCAUGUAGGCUAUGUUUCGGAUGUUAAUACAUCAAUGUGUUGUUUUGAGAUUUUACAAUAAAAGUUACUGCAAAUUA